AUGCCCACAUCGGCGGAUGCUACUACCACCGUACCACACCCCGAUGGCCCAGCCCGCCCACUUGCACUAGCCUCUGGUGCCUGGGUUAUCCCCAACGUCACAUGCCUAGGGUCACAUAGUUCCUUUGCAUCUCCCUAUAAGCUUCCCCCCCAGAACUCCUUGACUGCUCUUCUCCCCCAACCCUAUUUCCCUCCACUAUCAGCCCUUCCACCACACACGUUUCUAUACCACUGCCACAUGGCACUGAUGACGUCACACCUUCCCUUCGGUAGGCAUGAUGACGUCACACCUUCGCUUCGGAAGGCUCCCUUCCGAAGCUUGGAAGGAGACCUCGCGAUGACGUCACACCUUCCCUUCGGAAGGCUCCCUUCCGAAGCUUGGAAGGAGACACGCGAUGACGUUACACCUUCCCUUCGGAAAGCUCCCUUCCGAAGCUUGGAAGGAGACCUCGCGAUGACGUCACACCUCCCUUCCGAAGCUUGGAAGGGGACCUCGCGAUGA